CUUACACAGAUUUUCCAUGUGCUCGAGGUGUCUAGGUUUGCGUACCUACCAUCAACUGCUGGUGUCGUCUUUGGUAUUUGUCACCUGCCAGCAUUGUGUUGAGUAAACUUGAUUGUGUGCACGUUCCUCAUGGUUCGAUAUAAGUGCGCGGUAACCGGCUGCGCAAGCAGCAGCGAAACUGGGGGACUGUCGUUUCAUUCUUUUCCCACGGCCGAUGAUCGACGGAAAAUGUGGUUGGAGGCGCUAGGCUGUGGAAGCAGUGGAAGUACACUGGCACGCCGGGUAUGCUCGCUGCAUUUCGACGAGCGCGCCUUCACACGUGUUGGCUCCGAGACUCAACGUGGUAUGAAACGACGGCGGCUGUGCCCCGACGCAGUUCCGAAAGGCAGCGCAUCUGCUGCUGGGGUUGGACGUGCUAUUACUGAAGAGCGCACAGGAACAGACGCUGCCAUGCUUGUAUGCCCUAUGGAAGCAUCAUGGACAGUGGAACAUAAUCCUUCAGCACUCACCAACACAUCGGAUAACAGCAUUCAUUUCGUGGAGUCGGACUUCGCCAUUGGCUGCAAUGCAGAAGUUGGCACAGACACCGGAGCAUGCGGUGACAUGUCCCUCACUCAUCUGACUGCCGGUUGCAAGCCUAAAGAGAGUGCCAGAAGUGACCACAGUUACUGCAGAAUGCGUCAUUUUGCUGUGCAAACUGAUGGGGUGCAAGCUACACACAUGGUGUCGAAAGGUGUGCAGGUGGCAACUACUCCAAAAGUUCGUUCCGAAGGGACACAGACGGACUUCCAGGCUUGGUCAACUGCGGGAUGUGGGGAUGAAUUGGAAGACACUGCAGAGAUACUUGACUCAUCAGGUCACCGUAUAAGAGCACCGCUUCCAUCAUCUCCAAUAAGAUGCUCGACACCACUGCCAUCGGCAAAGGAUCUCGACGAAACAUAUGAGCCAUCAUUUCAUGACUCACAUCUACCAAGUGGUUGUGAUUCUGUGCCACCUAGCGCUGAAAAACAGUACAUCGUUUUUGAAAGCUGCUUGAUGGAGCUAUUCAGCAUGUGCACAGUUUGCCAAGCAUCGUGUAAAGCUGAAACUACACUCUAUGGCUCCCUUCUACAAGUUGAGACCACCUGUGCUUGUGGGCACAAGAGUUGUUGGUUGAGCCAACCAAAAGUUUCUAAUAGGGCUUUGGGUGGCAUGCUUUUGUGUGCCGCUAUAUGCUUCUCAGGCGCGAGUCCUGAGAAAGUUCUGAGGCUGCUGAAGCAAGCCAAUAUUCAAGUGCCAUCUACGAGGACCUACUACAGCUACCAAGGUGCACUGUUCCAGCCCGCCAUACAACGUGUUUGGGACACUGAACGAGAGGCUGUAAUCGAAAGCCUUCAUGGACCAGUAGCAUUAGCUGGUGACGGCCGGUGCGACUCUCCCGGGUUUUCUGCGAAGUUCAUGACUUACACUUUCAUGGCCAUUCAAACUAGUAAAAUCAUCCAUUUCGUUCAGGUGCAGCUUGGAGAGAACAGCGAGGUGAAAUCCAGCAAUGCCAUGGAAAAAUUUGGCCUGAAGAAGGGACUUGGGGAGCUAAAGGACCAGAACGUCACUAUUUGUUCAUUAACUACUGACAGGCACGUGGGCAUCAAAAAGUACAUGAGGACAUGUGAGCCGGGUAUUGAACAUACCUACGACGCGUGGCAUGUUGGUAAAGGUGUCAAGAAAAAGCUCACAGUUGCAGCCAAGAAAUCUGCUUGUGCUGCCUUGAAAGAGUGGAUACAGCCAGUGGUCAACCAUCUGUACUGGUGUGUUGCCGUUAGUGAAGGUGACGGGGAUCUACUGGUAGCCAUGUGGAAGAGCAUGCUGAACCACGUCAUAAACAUGCACGCUGGCCAUGACAGCCCUUAUCCGAGGUGUCUGCACGGGGAUGUGCAAAAUGGAAAGUGGUUGACACCAGGCACCCCGGCUUACGCACGUCUCGUGAGCAUAGCUACAGAACAGGGGCUACUGAAGGAUAUAAGGAAGCUUUCCUCUUCUGGACAAACUUAUGGACUUGAAUCGUAUCACAGUCUCCUAAUAAGAUUUGCCCCGAAGUCUGUCGCAUUCAGCACCAUGAUGAUGCGUGCAAGGACACAGUUGGCUGCUCUUCACCACAACGAAAAUGCAGGUCGAGAGCAGGCAGUAGUGGCAAGAAAUUGUGCACUCAGAUGGAAGAGGAAAAUGCUCCGUGCAAAGAAGGGAGCGGAAGUUGUUUGCCCAGUAAAAAGCAAGCCAACUUACGCUUAUGUGGACAAGCUAAUGACGGAGAUGCUGCACGAGAGCUCUUCAUGCAGUUCUCUCAAGAAGGCACAGCAGCAGCGAAGCAGCACCAGCAGCAGCCCCAAGCCUCUGGCCAUGAUCCAGCUCAACCAGCCAAGGCUAUCGAAGAGUGAACUCGUAGCUGCACGGCAAUCGCGAUUUGUGGCGUGCUCAGUGCAGGACAUGCCAUGAGUAUUGCAUGUACAAGCGAUUUCAUUUAGAGCAUUGGCCGAAAGUGUUAUGCAUGGCUGAUGGGCUUCCAAAGUUUCUUCAUUUGUUUGGCUGGUUGCUUGUUUACUUCCUUGCGUAAUUGCUUUAUUUAUGCACUUCUUUGCUUAUGUAUUCAUAAAUGCAUACCUCUGGCCAUGAUCCAGCUCAUCCAGCCAAGGCUGUCGAAGAGUGAACUCGUAGCUGCAUGGCAAUCACGAUUUGUGGCGUGCUCAGUUCAGGACAUGCCAUAAGUAUUGUAUGUACAAAUGAUUUCAUUUAGAUCAUCGUCCGAAAGUGUUAUGCAUGGCUGAUGGGCUUCCAAAGUUUCUUCAUUUGUUUGGCUGGCUGCUUGUUUACUUCUUUGCGUAAUUGCUUUAUUUAUGCACUUCUUUGUUAACGUAUUCAUAAAUGCAUACCUCUGGCCAUGAUCCAGCUCAUCCAGCCAAGGCUAUCGAAGAGUGAUCUCAUAGCUGCACGGCAAUCAUGAUUUGUGGCGUGCUCAGUUCAGGACAUGCCAUAAGUAUUGUAUGUACAAAUGAUUUCAUUUAGAUCAUCGUCCGAAAGUGUUAUGCAUGGCUGAUGGGCUUCCAAAGUUUCUUCAUUUGUUUGGCUGGCUGCUUGUUUACUUCUUUGCGUAAUUGCUUUAUUUAUGCACUUCUUUGUUAACGUAUUCAUAAAUGCAUACCUCUGGCCAUGAUCCAGCUCAUCCAGCCAAGGCUAUCGAAGAGUGAUCUCAUAGCUGCACGGCAAUCAUGAUUUGUGGCGUGCUCAGUUCAGGACAUGCCAUAAGUAUUGUAUGUACAAAUGAUUUCAUUUAGAUCAUCGUCCGAAAGUGUUAUGCAUGGCUGAUGGGCUUCCAAAGUUUCUUCAUUUGUUUGGCUGGCUGCUUGUUUACUUCUUUGCGUAAUUGCUUUAUUUAUGCACUUCUUUGUUAAUGUAUUCAUAAAUGCAUACCUCUGGCCAUGAUCCAGCUCAUCCAGCCAAGGCUAUCGAAGAGUGAUCUCAUGGCUGCACGGCAAUCAUGAUUUGUGGCAUGCUCAGUUCAGGACAUGCCAUAAGUAUUGUAUGUACAAAUGAUUUCAUUUAGAUCAUCGUCCGAAAGUGUUAUGCAUGGCUAAUGGGCUUCCAAAGUUUCUUUAUUUGUUUGGCUGGUUGCUUGUUUACUUGUUUGUGUAAUCGUCUUAUUUAUGCACUUCUUUGUUAAUGUAUUCAUUAGUGCAUACUGCAACCUUUUCAGCAGCGCUGCAUGUUUCAGCCCUACUGUUAUUUUGAGGUUGAGGCAGGCUCUGACAAGAACUUUGCAGAGGCUUCACAGAAGGGAUGAGUUGCUUCCACGGUAGAGCCCACCAAAGAGCAUUCAGCACAGUAAGCGUUCUCAAGGUACCAUUGGCAGUUAGAUGGUUCAGCACCUCUUUUUCCACGAAUGUGAGAGUGUCGCUAUAAAUUUGCUGAUGCUUUUGAGAAGGAAUUGCAUUGGCAGACUAAAUGAUGUUCCGCAGUCCCAUUAGGCCAGCAAAUUGUCGGAAAUGAUUUGGACAUUAUGCUGGGAAUGAGCUCUUGAUGAAAUGCUCUCGAAAUGGCACACGUGAAUAGUGCACAUAGCACUUGACGUCACCGCACUGUGUGCUUGGCAAGAGUGGGC